GCCUCCUGCUGCACGCUCCACGAGGUACAACGACGAACGUGUAGUAUUCUAGAUUCUAGAGGACGUACGUCGAUCUCUUCGCGGGCUUAACCAAAAUCCAAACUGAAUCCUCUCCGAAUUGUCAAUUGUUCCUAAUUGCCCUUUCUUUCAACCCUAACGUUGUCAAAAGUGCUCCUCCCGUAGAAGGACCCACUACUCUACCGUCGUCGAGUCCACGCGAGACACGUUGCGACGGUCAACUGAGGAAGGAGGCACUUUUCGAUCUCGGCUUCGUCGUCGUUUCCGCGUCGUUUCCACGUCGAUACGUCGUCAACAUCCCCCCCAACCAUCACCACCACUACCACCCUCGGGAGAACCCACGCGUCCAGCCACGCGAUCAACCCGGGAUCACCGAUCCGGAAGGUUUCGCGCUACGGUGACCAACGAGCCGGACACUCUUAAUGGACACCUGAUCUACGUUGAUUGACCGCAACACCAAAUUCCUUGAAUAUAAUCCUGCUGUGUCAUUUGUCGAUAACGAGAUGACAAGGGGUUGAUUCCUAUCAUCCCUCCUUCAAAAGAAGCAUCUUUUCUUUGUGUUUCUUUCCAUCGAAGAGUAUUCUUUCCGUAUCUCGAUUCGAUAAACUUUAGUGUUUCGUUGUGCGGGUAUGAAAGAAGAGCAGCAGCACUGUGAGCUGUGCGACGGAAGACAAGAACGGUGAAGUGUUGCACCGUGCACCGUGCACCGGGGUGUUAAAGUGAGUACGAGCUUACCAACGACGAGAGACUUCAACGCGCGAAUAGAAGAUACCGGUGGGAUAUUAAGAGAACUACGAAGACAACGUUUAGGGUUGGUGGAAUCGCGUUAACAGGAAGGAAAGAAGCGGAAAGAAGGGAGCCGCCAGACGCCUCGUCCAAAUCGGCGAGGUGUUGUCCGAGGUGGAGGAGGGCGUCGGGAGGAGAGGGUUGGAAGGAGGGUGGCGUGCUAUGAUCAGCAUGGAGCUUCCGGCCCACGCGACGCAGCAUGGUGCUCUUCACCUGGGGGUCGGGGUCGCGGUUAAUCCAGGUGAUCCAGCCGGAAGUACUCUAGCCGCCAUUCAUCCGCAUCCCCAGGAUCCCCUAGCCCUCCACCAUCACAAUCACGCUGCCGCGACACCCGGAGGUAUGCAUGAGGACUCCAAGAAAAAACAUGACGGUGGCCAUGGAAUGAAUCAAGACGGCCACGGUGGAGUUAACCAGCUUGGUGGUGUCUUUGUGAAUGGGAGGCCCUUACCGGACGUGGUAAGGCAAAGGAUCGUCGAACUCGCGCACAGUGGUGUCCGACCGUGCGACAUUUCGAGACAACUCAGGGUAUCUCACGGCUGUGUAUCCAAGAUAUUGUCUAGGUAUUACGAAACCGGUAGCUUCAAGGCUGGCGUGAUAGGUGGUUCGAAACCUAAGGUAGCAACGCCGCCAGUGGUCGAUGCUAUCGCUAAUUACAAGAGGGACAAUCCAACGAUGUUUGCUUGGGAGAUACGAGACAGGUUGCUAGCCGAAGGGAUUUGUUCGCAGGACAACGUACCCUCUGUUUCCUCGAUCAAUCGAAUCGUGAGAAACAAGGCGGCGGAGAAGGCGAAGCACGCGCAUCAGCAACAGCAGGCGCAGCAGCAGCAAGGUCAGCAGCAAGGUCAGCCAGGAUCAGGUGGUUCCGUGUCGGUGAUAGCCCAUGCACCUGCAACGCCGACGGGUCAUCCCGCGGCCACCGCUCCCAAUGCCUACAGCAUCAGUGGCAUCCUCGGAAUCCCCGCACACCAUCAGGAUCCAAACGGCAACAGCAUCAAGAGAAAGCGCACCGAUGACGAUGACAAUCGUGAUUUGGGAGAUCAUCCUGAAGACGACUUGAAGAGACAGCGAAGCAACUACAAUGGCGACCAACUUUAUUCUAACCUGUGGUCGAGUAAAUGGAGCAUCAAGGACGAGCACAAGCUCUUGAACGAGCUAGGUGGAGGCGGCGGUGGCGGCGGAGGUGGCGGAGGCGGUGGAGGAGGUGGCGGUGGCGGAGGAAGCGGCGGUGGCGGUGGUGCAAACGGUACGACGAACGCAGGUGGAGGAGGAGGUGGUGGCGGAGGUGGCGGAGGUGCUGGAGGCGGUGGUGCCUACUACGAACACGCUGGAUUCCCCGGGAACGCGAUUGCCACCUCCGCCGAGCUCUACGACUCCCUGGGCACCAUCAGUACGAUGACGCAAGCGCAAACGCCGCAUCUCUAUACCCCGCCCAUAGGGGGCACCAUAGCAGGUGGUACAUUGACGCCGCUCGCGCCACUGACGAUGCAAGCAUUGGACGGGGCUAACAUGUCUCCUUACCACGCCACCGCAGAGAGCGGUACCGUCGCAGUCUCGUACGUAGGGGUUGGGGCCGGCGGGGGCGAGCAGAGUCCCCCGAUUUCCUUGCAGAACGAGACGAACGCCACCCCCGCGGCCCCCAACACCCCGGGAGGGGAUCCCGGACUUACGGUCUUGCAGCCGCCAGUUUCUCAACCUCAGGUAGCCUCUGCAAUACCACCCUACUCGACGAUGCUUCCAAGUUUCGGACAUUACGCCACCGGUGGUGGCGACUAUGCGUACAGCGCAGCGUAUUCUCAAUACUCAAGUGCACCGUACAGUGGAUAUGGCUAUGGAGCAGCGACAAGCGGGUUGCUCAAUUCCACGUACUACUACUGCAACGGAGAUACGCUGGCGUCUUCCCAGAACAAUGCGCAAGCAGGCGGAGCGUGCAACAAUGGCAGUGGUGGGGCUGAAAGCACCACUGACGUGGCUAGUCGUUCGCCAUUGGCUGCUACCAGAGCGAGUAGCGGGGCGAGUGCAGCAUCACCUACCGGAAGUGCUUGCACCAAGCCGGAUCACACCUCAACACCGACCGACCUAUACCUGGCUUGAUCGGUAAAAGCGUCACGUGAUUCCUCACUCUGAAAGACCGAUCACGGAUAAAACGGACGCCAUAUCAUUCGGAAAACUCUAAAAAAAAAACCGUCUUACCGACUUAUGAUCUCCUGUUGAGUUUUCACGCUAAGAGUACGAUGGAUGGAGAAAGGAUUAAAUGAAGAGAAAGAAGAGGAAACAUCCUUCUCUUUCUCGUAUCCUUGCCUCUUUCGUUCUCGUUUCUUCUCAUUCAACAAAUCCGGCCGAAAAUAAAAUAAAAAAAAAAAAAAACGCGUUCGAGCCAAGUGGUUCGAGAGCAAAAGGACCGUCUCUUACAUUAGUAGUUUAUUUAUUUCGUGAUACGAAGAAGAAAGCAAUCUUGGAAACGGAGAAGAAGAAAAAAAAGUUUAUCGAGCUGCGAGAGACUGUCUUCUAACGCGGAAGAAACGAGAGGAAGCUAAAGAAGAACCGAAGAUCAGGGAAAGAGACCUUCCUUCCCCGGAACAGCGUUAGAAAUUUUCUUCGUUAGGACGCGCGCAGCCGCUAGAUAGUUUAAUUUAACGAUCCUCGUUUAUAGCGUAAUUAUCGAAAGACGCCCGACGCACACGCUGAUCGGUCGACGCACACGAUGCUCGUCACCAUCAUUUCAAUUGUCCCGCUCGAAGAAAUUUGUCUUUGAAAAUUUGCCGCGAGCAUCUGCUCGGCCAAUCAACGAUCGGAGAGCGUGCAAUGCAUACGACGCGUUACUCGCGAAAGCUGCUUCUCGUACCAUCUGUCUCUGCGUUCACAAACUACGACUAGAAAAGGUACAAUGGGGGAACUUCUUCUCGGGAGUAACAUCUCGUAUGGAAAUUUUACGAACGCAAUUCGAAUGGUGUCCUUAUUCGAUUUCUAAUCGAAUGAGAUUAAAAGAAAAUAAGAAAAGAAAAGAAAAAAAAAACAAACAUAUUUAAAAUUAUAUGAUACACACAAGAGAUAGAUAUGGAAUGUUACAAAAAAAAAAAAAAAAGGAAAAUGAAUACGGACACCAUUUAAUCGAAAAAGUAUACCUAUGUAAGCAAGGAAGAAAAAAAAAGCGUUGGUAGCCCGCGCGAGAAAUACCACCACCCCUUAUUACUCCUUAUCAUCCCUAAAUACCCUCAUCCUAAAAAAUCCUUGAAGAUUCCCUUUUCCCUUCCCUAAGGAUAUAAAAGUAUAACAGAGAGUAAUCGAUAAGUUUAUUGAGAUUUUUAAAUCAGAAGUCGACGUAACGCGCGAUCGCUACUGUUAAGGAUAUUAUAUAUAUUUUUUGUAGAAACCAAAGACCACACGCGGAUCGUCGAAAGUAAUAAGGAAUGAGUGAACGUCGUCGUUUGAAAAAAAAAAAAAAAACCAACAAAA